CACAGUGCCGGAUCUGGAAUCAUUGACUUUAAUCACUUCUAUCGGCUGCGGCAUCUCCAUGUUUUUUCUGGCCAUUGCUUUAUUCAUGCAUUUCCUGCUACGGAAAGCUAAAUCAAAUCAGGCGACGAAGAUCCUGAUGAACAUGUUUGUGGCUUUGUCUCUACUGAAUGCCUCGUUUUUGUCAAACGAGAGCGUCGCUAACACAGGAGACAACGCUGCGUGUGUCUUCAUAGCGCUGCUCCUGCAUUACUCCAUGCUGGCCUCAUUCACCUGGUUCUUCAUUCAAGCUCUUCAUAUGUACUUAUGGCUCAUCAGACAGAACGUCUCCAUCACAAACUACAUGAGGAAGAUCACCGUGUUGGGCUGGGUGUUUCCUGCUCCAAUAGUCAUAGCUAUUGCUUCUUUAGGAGAAUAUAAAACAGUGAUCAUAAAAUCAACAUCUGAAAAAAUUUCACGAAUGUGCUGGAUUACAAACUCUUACAUUCACUACAUAGUGAACAUCGGCUACUAUGCUUUAGUUUUCAUCUUCACGACAGGAAUCUUCAUCAUGAUCGUCACUAAAGUCGUUCAGGCCAGAAACAUAAAAGCUGUGGAUGGCAAGAGAAAGACGUUCAGAAAGCAGCUGAUGAUGGUGUUGAGUUUGUUCCUGCUCUUCGGUCUGACGUGGUCUGUGGCGUUCUUCAGUUAUGGAGCGAUGCUCGUUCCCUCAUAUUACAUAUUCACUGUGCUGAACUCAUUUCAGGGGUUUUUUCUCUUCCUGUAUUACUACCACAUUCACAAUGACGUCGCGGGUAGCUUCUCUGAUGAUCCAGAAAACACAGACUCCAACACAACCAUCACUCAAUCCAGCAUUAAUGCUGUAGACAAUAUUUAUCACUAGCAUAAUUAAGACUGAACGCUUUCUUUCUCUUAGCCUAAAAUGACCCUAAAAAAGUUACAUUUUACUGAAAUCACUCAAAACAAAUGAAAAAUAUCUGUUGUUACUAAAAACCUUUUUUAUUUUAUUGUGCAUUCAAAUCUCUGAUAUGAUGUGAUAUUACUGUAUUAUUGAGCAUUAUAAUCAUCAUGUGUGAUCACGUGUGUGUCAGAGUGACUCAACACUCAACCUUAUUUAGAAAACAAAUUUACAUCUUCAGGAUGACAGUAAUGUGUGCACGCUUGUGGAUUCAGAUAUUUGCAUUAUCAUUUCAUGAAGCAGCUUGGUAAAAUCCACACACACUGGGAAACACAACAAAUACAGUCAUAAUCAGUGAAUCCAUCAGUUUUAUGUUACUUAUGAUUCUCUGUUAUAUUUCUCAGUAUGUGUUUCUAAUGACGCUAAUAAAAUAUAAUUGUAUUAAUCAUGAUGGACUGACUGCAAAGUCAUUUAUUCACUU